AAAAAUCGACAAUAUAGAUAUUGCAAUCAUAUCGUAUUGUGGUAUAUUAUUCCUUGGGCUCAUCAUAUCGCCGUACAGUACCUUCAUUACUGACUCAGUUUGGUUGUGAUAACACUGCAAACAUGAAUGCAAUCAUGAAGAUCUUUCUUAUCCUGACUAUGGUGUUCCUUCUGGGAGAGUCUCUUCCAGCGGAGGAGCGUAAAAUACCAGCCUCAUCAAGCAAGCGGGUCAUUAAUGGAGAGAAUGCUGACCUUCACGAAUGGCCAUGGCAAGUUUCCCUCCAAAGGAGUAGCUCAAGUAGCUCACACUUUUGUGGUGGUUCCAUCAUUGCACCUGAAUGGGUGUUAACGGCAGCUCAUUGCGUUGAACAUAGAAAAUCGAAAUCGUUUCCAAUAGUAGUUGGUGCGCAUGAUAGAGAUCAGAAAACACAACACCAAGAAGUUCACUACCCCAAGCAGAUAUUUAUUCAUAAAAGCUGGAAUCGCGGGCUUCUAAGAGCAGAUGUUGCACUCAUCCGACUUACAAAAAAAAUAUCGCUACACAAGCACGUAUCGACAAUUCCUCUUCCUCGACAAGRUGACAGGGUCAGUGUUGGAACGAAGUGUUUCGUAACAGGUUGGGGGUUAAAGAAGGGAUUUGAUCGUAGCUCACUUGCAAAAGUUCUACAAGAAGCAGAUCUAACGAUUGCCCCUCACCAAAAGUGUGAUAAUAUGUUCAACACAGUGUCAGUUGAUAAUACAAUGGUAUGUGCUGGAGGACAAGGAAAAGGAGGUUGUCAAGGAGAUAGUGGGGGGCCAUUGGCAUGCUGGGAGAAUGGUCAGUGGGUUGUACGUGGUGUUGUCAGUUUUGGGAUGCCAGACUGCUCUGUUAAUCAUUACACAGUGUUUGCGCGAGUUAGUAGCUUUGUCGACUGGAUUCAGAAUAAAAUAAAUCCUUCCAAUUAA